UUAUUGUUAUAAACAUUGAGAUUAUAUCCAAAUAUCUCUCAUAUUCUUCGCAAACAAUUAUUCUGUGAUUCUUGUGGUGAACCAAACCUCGUGUCCAACAAACAAUCCUAUGAAUGUUUGUCUGCAGUGAUUGACCAGUGAUUUCGCACCGAUUAUCACCGCAAGACUGAUCCGAUUGUCAUGUUUUCGCCGCCGAGCCAACAAAACGGCAACUCUUUGGCCGCACUGUCCGAGUGUGGGCUCAACGGGUCGACAACGCCCUCGUGGGCACCCCUGCUGUCUGGGGGUCCAUCUGAUCCGUAUGGACUGAAACUGCAUCACUAUUCCGAUUAUCUGGUGAUGACUGCACUGCCGGCCCACUCGCCGACCGACCCGUUGGGCGCGUUGUCGCACACGAGUAACGGGUCGUCCGGACAGCAAAAGGACACCACCUUCACCAAGAUCUUCGUCGGCGGACUUCCCUAUCACACCACCGACAAGUCGUUGCGACAGUUCUUCGAGACGUUCGGCGACAUCGAGGAGGCGGUCGUCAUCACUGACCGACAGACAGGAAAGUCCAGAGGAUAUGGAUUCGUUACAAUGGCUGACAGAGAGUCGGCCGAACGGGCUGUCAAAGAGGCCAAUCCUAUUAUCGAUGGACGCAAAGCUAAUGUAAAUCUCGCGUAUUUGGGGGCCAAACCACGUACUAAUAUACAGAACGUCGAAAGUGGAGACUAUCUCUUCCUUUCCUCGUGUCUGUCGUCUAAGCCGUGA